CCAGUGCACCACCAUGGCACUGGUCGCCGUGACGCUGUCAGCCGUCAAGCCUGUCAACACCUGGGCUAAGGAGGAUUUGGAUGGAAUCCUCCGUGACGGCGACCGCAAUCACGGUGCCCUUCUAGCCAGGCUUGGUCGACUUGGCCAGACCAACCAGCGGGUGGGCAUCUAUGAAAUGAUGAGAUGCUCGUGUCUUUCCAUCACUCUGGGAGACCAGUGCUAUGCCAUGGCAGGUGUGAAAGACACAGAAGUCAUCGGCAUGGUGUCCACCACCCCAAUGGACGAGGCUACCAUGGAAGCCUUCCAGAUGGUGGACCUUCAGACAGGGCUAGAGCGUGCCCUUAACGGCAGUGAUGGAGCUGUGGUCACAAUUGGUGAUUACAGCACAGCGUUUAUCCGGGAUCCCAGGGGAGGUGUCCGGGUCUGGGACAGCCAUUGCAGGGGCCGUGAUGGUCUGUUUCGGCGUAACGGAAGGGCCGUCCUCCUCACGCUCGGCUCCCUUGAUGACGUAACACCUUUCGUCAUCAAGAAGCUGAGGAGCCGCAAACAGACCGAGGCACAGUAUGAAGUUGCUGGCUUCCAAUUGGUAGAGAAGUGAGGUAGUGCUGCCUCAAUCUGAGGGUGACAAUCUUAACAGCCUGGUCUACCCUCCUCUGGCAUAGCAACCGAACUGUUCCUGUGGACAAUACCCAGUAUUGGAGAAGCCCUCCCAUCCUGGCAUCGUAAGAACAUGAUCUGGGACCACCAUUGCUAUUUCUGAGCUUAGAAGCCUGGGAUCACCUCAACCACAACUCUCGAGCUGAGAAGUUUGGGACCACCUCAGCUGCUACAAUUUUUCAGCUGAGAAGCUUGGGCCACCUCAGCCACUACUAUCCAGCACCUGAGAAGCCUGGGACUACCUCGGCUACAAAUGUUUCUCAGCUGAGAGGUCUGGGAUCACCUCAACCACAGUUAUUCCUGGGCUGAAUCUGAUGUCACCUCAACGCUAACUAUUGCUGAGCUGAGAAGUUUAGGACCACCUCAACCACAACUAUUUCAGAGCUGAGAAAUCUGAGAUCAACUCAGCCACUAUUAUUCCUGAGCUGAGAACCCUUGGACUACCUCUGUUACAAAUAGUUCUCAGUUGAGAAGUCUGGGACCACCUCGGCCACAAAGUAGUCCUCAGCUGAGAAGUGUCACACCACCUCAACCACAAGUAAUCCUCAGCUGAGAAGUGUCAGACCACCUCAGGCACAAUUAUUCCUGGGCCGAAUUUGGUGCCACUCAGUCCAAAUAUGCCUGAGCUGAGUAAUCGAGAACAACAUCAGCUACAGCUGUCCAUGAGCUGAAAAGUGUGGGACCACCUCAGUCACCACAAUUCCUGAUCUGAGAAAUCUGAGAUCACCUCAGCCACAACUAUUCCUGAUCUGAGAAAUCUGAGCCAAUAUUAUUCCUGAGUUGAGAACCCUGGAACUAUCCAUGAGCUGAAAGAAGUCUGAGACCACCUCAGCCACAAUUAUUACUGGGCUGAAUCUUGUGCCACCUUGACCCAAACCUUUCAUGAGAUGAAAAGUCUGGGACCACUUCAGCUACAACUUCCUGAGCUGAGUAAUCAGGGAGUACAACUUCCUGAACUGAGUAAUUAGGGACGAACUCAGAAAUCUGAGAUAACCUCAGCCACAAUUAUUCCUGACAUGAGAAGCCUGGGACAACCACAGACACAUAUAUUUCUCAGUUGGGAAGUCUGGGACCACAUCAGCCACAAUUAUUCCUGACAUGAGAAGCCUGGGACAACCACAGACACAUAUAUUUCUCAGUUGGGAAGUCUGGGAUCACCUCAGCCACAAUUAUUCCUGACAUGAGAAGCCUGGGACAACCACAGACACAUAUAUUUCUCAGUUGGGAAGUCUGGGACCACUUCAGCCACAAUUAUUCCUGACAUGAGAAGCCUGGGACAACCCUAGGCACAUAUAUUUCUCAGUUGGGAAGUCUGGGACCAUCUCAGCCACAAUUAUUCCUGACGUGAGAAGCCUGGGACAACCACAGACACAUAUAUUUCUCAGCUGGGAAGUCUAGGACCACCUCAGCCACAAUCAUCAUUGGGACCACCUCAACCCAAGGUAUUCCACGGCUGAAAAAUCUGGGACGGCCUCGGCCACAAAUUCCUGAGCUGAGUAAUCAGGGGCAUCCUCAGCCCAAACUAUUCCUGAGCUGAGAAUCUUUGGACCACCACAGUGACAAGUAUUCCUGUGCUGAAAAGUCCAGGACUACCUCAAACACAACUGUUCCUAAGCUGAAAAGUUUGUCACCACC